AGGAAGAAAAAAGAAUGGAAAUACCGGCCACCCUAUUGAUGACCAGCGGUACGUACGUGUACGUGGCAGUCAAGGGCUCCGUGCAUUCCUCAACCAGUCAAGCCUACGGAUUGGACAAAGAUGAAGAGACGGCUCUUGCAAAGAAGUACACGAAUCUCUGUGAACCGGUGGUGAACGGUGUUUUGGUGAAGGCGUCGCCAGUCGAGCUGAUCAACGCAUUAGGAGAGUUGGGAUACAAAGUGGUCACUCAAUCCGGCGAAUCAGAGAUCGUCUGGACGAUGCAACGCGAGGUCUAAAAACUGAGCAUCCAG